GCAAAUCCCAGCAGAGAGAGAGAGAGAGAGAGAGAGAGAGAGAGUGCCUGUCUGCGCUGCGACUCAACCCAUCACCGGCGGGGGAGGCUGCACCUUCUGCCGAGCACGGACCUGAACCAGCCGGGCCCGCCUCCGGAGCCCUCCAUAUGGGCUCACCAUGCGCAGGAUUCGGGCCAACGCCAUCGCUAUUCUGACCGUCGCGUGGAUCCUCGGGACGUUUUAUUACCUGUGGCAGGACAACAAGCCACAGUCGUCGCCUUCGUCGUCGUCGGCGCAGACCCGAGGCAGGGGCCAUGGGCUGAAAGGGGUCUCCGGCCGGCUGGAGAUCCACCGGGACGACAGGACCAUCCCGCUGAUAGUGACCCAACCCCCGCGGCCAGAUGCACAGGGGCAGCUGCUGGGCGCCCUGGACGAGAAGGCCUACCUGGCCGGGAAGCAGCUGAAGCCGGGGGAUGAUCCGUACAGAGAGCACGCCUUCAACCAGCAGGAGAGUGACCGGCUGGGCAGCGAACGAACCAUCAGAGACACCCGACACUACAGGUGUGCGUCUCUGAAUUAUGACACAGACCUUCCAGCCACGAGUGUCAUCAUCACUUUCCACAACGAGGCUCGCUCCACUCUCCUCCGCACCAUCAAAAGUGUCCUGAUGAGAAGCCCUCCAUCCCUGAUUCAAGAAAUAGUCCUGAUCGAUGACUUCAGCUCUGACCCUGAGGACUGCCAGCUGCUCUCUCAGAUCCCCAAAGUGCGCUGCCUGAGGAACGGCAGGAGAGAGGGUCUCAUCCGGUCACGUGUGCGAGGAGCCAACACGGCCUCGGCCUCCAUCCUGACCUUCUUGGACAGCCACUGCGAGGUCAACAGUGAUUGGCUGCAGCCGAUGAUCCAGAGAGUCAAGGAGGAUCAUACUCGAGUGGUCAGCCCCAUCAUCGAUGUCAUCAGCCUGGAUAACUUCGCCUACUUGGCUGCCUCUGCUGACUUGAGAGGAGGGUUUGACUGGAGCCUCCACUUCAAAUGGGAGCAGAUUCCCAUCGAGCAAAAAAUGGCGAGGAGUGACCCCACUCAGCCAAUCAGGACUCCCGUCAUCGCUGGAGGGAUCUUCGUCAUGGACAAGAGCUGGUUCAACCACCUGGGCCAGUACGACACCCACAUGGACAUCUGGGGAGGAGAGAACUUUGAGCUUUCUUUCCGGGUGUGGAUGUGCGGAGGAAGCCUGGAGAUUCUUCCCUGCAGCCGCGUCGGUCAUGUGUUCAGGAAGAGACACCCGUACGACUUCCCUGAAGGCAACGCGCUCACCUACAUCAAGAACACGCGGCGGGCGGCUGAGGUGUGGAUGGACGAGUACAAACAGUAUUACUACUCUGCGAGGCCGUCGGCCCAGGGAAAGGCCUUUGGCAGCAUUACAGACCGCCAGACGCUGCGGCGGAAGCUCGACUGCAAACCUUUCCGCUGGUACAUGGAGAACGUCUAUCCUGAGCUCAGGGUCCCCGAGCAGGAAGCCGUGUCCAGCGUGCUUAAACAAGGCGGUCUGUGUCUGGAGACCCGCGGGACGGACGGCCUCGGACUGGCAGAGUGCAGGGGCAUCGGAGCGAACCGGCCGCAGUCACAGAAAUGGGAACUAAUCGAGCCACUGAUCCGACAGCAAGACCUCUGCCUGGCCAUCUCAGCCUUCACAGCGGGGUCAAAGGUCAAGAUGGAGUCCUGCAAUGCAAAAGAGCCCAGACAGAAGUGGAAGCCCAGAGGCUCCGCCCUCCAGCACAUGGUCAGCGGCCUCUGCCUCGACAGUCAGACUCCGACGGGCCCUCCUGUCAUCUCGCAGUGUCGCCCCCUGGUGGCCGGACAAACCUGGGAGCCACAAAUUAUCACCUGAGCCACAGAGGACUGAGAGGUGGGGAGGGGGCAGGACGGGGGGGGGACUGAUUGUGGACCGGGCCUGCAGGAGGACUCACUCCUGCUCACUGCGUGUCGCCUCGCCGAGGGGGGAGCGAGUGAGAACUGAACUUCUGUGUUGUCAACUUCAAGAUUCCUCACUGAAAACAUUUUACGGCCUUUUCUUUGACGGAAAAAACAUGGCAGUCUUUUUUCGUGUACAGUGCUCCAUCCCUCGAGGAUGCCGCAAGUUCUUCUACGUAAUCUUAAGCUUUUCACCGAAACCGUUGCACAUCUCACUUCUCGUUUCUGUAUCUUUCCUGGUCAGCGUUAGUUUCAUUACGCAGUAGUACAGAUGAUCUCAAGUGCAUACCGUUCUGUAGCAAAACGUGUGGCGGUGGGCCCGACCUCCUGCUCGCCUGGUGCCCACCGGGAUGCCUCCAGACGUCUGAUUGGACCAGAGCAGCUUCCUGUUCAGCCGACUUCAACCUGAGCUUUUGUUUUAUAAUGCAGUUUGAAAGCACCGCGCACACGGCACUGUCAGGAAGGUUAUUUAUUGUUUUGCACGGUCAGACCCAAAGAAUGUUUUUUUUUUCUCUUCUCUCUUAACAAAGUUUAAUGUAAAUAUUUGAAGCAGAUAAAGGCCUGAUUUUGUGUAAAGUAAUCUCUAUGUUGUUUGAAAAAUAAAACGUGGUAACAAAGAGAAA